AGUUUAAUUCAGACGGCGAGUUUCUCGUCGGAACCCAACGUCGUCUCCGCCUCGAAUUCUCUGGUCAGCGCGCGAGCAUCAAGGGGGGAAAAUGGCAGCUCCUUCGGCCUCGAAGCUGGCCGCGGCCGCGGAGAGGGUCGGCUCCGCCGCGCGCCGCCAGGUCCUCACCCUGACGGACGCCGCCGCCUCCAGGGUCCGCCAGCUCCUGCAGCAGCGCCAGCGCCCUUUCCUCCGGCUCGGCGUCAAGGCUCGCGGCUGCAACGGCCUGUCCUAUACCCUCAAUUACGCAGAUGCAAAAGGGAAGUUCGAUGAGUUGGUUGAAGACAAGGGCAUUAAGAUAUUGGUUGAACCAAAGGCUCUAAUGCAUGUUAUUGGAACCAAGAUGGACUUUGUAGAUGACAAGCUCAGGUCUGAAUUCAUCUUCAUCAAUCCAAAUUCUAAAGGGCAAUGCGGCUGUGGAGAGUCCUUCAUGACGACGAGUAAUUCAGAGGCAGCUAAACGUGGAGGCAGUUGAGGAUGUCACAAAUGUAUGUCAUGACUGAAGCAUAUACUAGGACAUGGAAAAAACGUAUCGUCCCUGUCAAUGGAAAAUGUUCUGCUAACCACUUGUUUGUUAGAUCAUGGCCGAAAUAAAGAGCAUUGCUUCCUCUUUUCUCCCUUUUCUUCUUGGGGAAGGUUGCAAAAUCUUUUUGUUUGUCUGAAGAUCUUUUGUCUUGGGGCAACAUACUGUGUAUAUUUGGCUUCCUGAACAGAUGUGUGUUUCCCACAGA